ACCAAUCCAAUAAACAAAGAACUUUCUAACUGAUUUCCUUUCUGCUUCUCAGAAACUCUCGUCUUUUCCAACAAAACAAACCUCUGAACAACCCAAGAAACAACUUCACCAUUGAAACAUCAUCACCUCGAUGACUCUACACGUUUUUACCUGAAUCCUAUCAAACAAACCUAGCGUCUUCAUACUAAAUUGUACCUAAUUUUCAGCGUGUAUAUAUACACAAAACACGUAAUGGCAGGGAAUAUAAUCGGAGGUGCAGCUCUUGGACAAGCAUUGAGAAUGUUAUCCGAAUCGAUCACACAAGUCGGGAAAACUUCCGUCUGUUUCGAUUCGAAUUUUCGACGAUUAAAUUCGAUGCUGCUUUCAAUUAAGCCAGUGCUUGAGGAUAUUGAGACACUGAACAAAGCCUUGGAGGGAAGAGAAUCAGAAAUUGAAAUAUUCAAGAAGAGGUUAGAGGAAGGUGAGAAGCUUGUUCGUAAAAGUGCGAAAAUCAAACGUUACAAUGUGUGUAAAAGGUGGUACUAUUCAAAUAAAUUAGCGGAUCUUGAAAAAUCGACAAUGAAGUUCUUUGAGGUGCAUGGCUUAAUGCAAACAUGUAGAGAUCAGAAAAAGAUACUUGUUGCCCUUAAAGAAGAAGGAGAGAAGUUGGAUGAGAUUUACGCCAUUUUGAAGAAUAUGAGGCUUGAUAAAAGCCGACGUAUAUAGCGCUACAAUAUAAAGUGAAGACUGAAGAAUAUAUUCAUCGUGUGAUAUUGUUACACAACGAAUAUAUAUAAUAAUACUAUGCCAGAAGAUGUUUAGUUACUUGUUUAGUCGAACAAACGACCAUUUUAUUUCCAAGAAUAGAGUUUCUUUAGCUAUAUAACAGAUAAAUGUGAUUUGAUAGUAUAAAGUUUCUUUAUAGUAGCGUUAUAGUAUACAUCAAAUUCUUAUAGAAAGACUCGCGUAAAAGUUUUUAAUUUAUAAAGAAGGUGAUCAGUUGACGUCA